GCUCACACCGAACCUCAAUAAAACAUUGACAGAAGCAAAUGGGAACGUAAACGUAUAAACGCAAAAAAAAAUAGUUUCAGGAGAUUAUUUUAAAUAUUAAGCAAAAGUACUGGAACUAAAAGGCUUCUAAAAUGGCAAAUCGUACAGUGAAAGAUGCGAUUUCAAUUCAUGGCACCAAUCCACAGUAUUUAAUUGAGAAAAUAAUUCGAUCCCGUAUAUACGAUUCAAAAUUCUGGAAAGAACAAUGUUUUGCGUUAACAGCGGAAUUGCUUGUCGAUAAAGCAAUGGAAAUUCGAUAUACAGGCGGUGUUUUUGGUAGUAACAUUCGGCCCACACCAUUUCUAUGUUUGACACUGAAAAUGUUACAAAUUCAACCGGAGAAAGAUAUCGUUGUUGAGUUCAUUAAAAAUGAAGAAUUCAAAUAUGUUCGUGCAUUGGGCGCAUUCUAUUUACGACUCACUGGCACAUCCGUUGAUUGUUACAAAUAUUUGGAACCAUUGUACAACGAUAAUCGUAAAUUACGGCAUCAAAAUCGGGCCGGCAACUAUGAAAUCAUUCACAUGGAUGAAUUCAUUGAUCAAUUGUUGCGGGAUGAUCGGGUGUGCGAUAUAAUAUUGCCGCGUGUACAGAAACGACACAUUUUAGAGGAAAAUAAUGAACUGGAACCCAAAGUAUCAGCAUUGGACGAUGAUUUGGAUGAAGAAGGCAGUGAUGAUGAACCAAAUCCGGAAGAUGAAAUCAGAGAAGAAUUGUAUGACUCAAAGAAAAAACACAGCAAACGAGAAUCGGAUCGCAGAGAUGAGCGAAAGGAAUCGGACCGCCGUGAGUCGGAUCGACGAGAUUCUGAUCGUCGUUAUGACAGAAAAUAUGAGGAAAAAGAGCGUAAAAGUGAGAAAUAUGCAGAUAAAUAUAGCGAUAAAUAUUCGCGCGAUAGGGACUAUGACCGAUCUAGAUACGAAACGAACCGUCGAGAUGACAGAAAAAGAGAUCGCGACUACGAUCGUGACAGAAGCGACAGAAAACGGCAUCGCGAUUACGAUGAAUAUGAGUAUAAAAGACGCCAUUAAGUUAGUUUCAUCUCAAGUGAUUUUACUUGAAAACUUCAGUUUUUGAAUAAAAAAUUACGGCAUUUCACAAAAUAUUA